UAAUUAGUACGAAAAUAAUUUAAUUAUGUUAUUACUGUAGUUGAUAGGCAACUUUUUAUUUUCUAUUGUUUAUUACUGAAAUUUAAACUAUUUGUUCGUCAAUUCUAUAAUAUAUAAGUUAACUAGACGUUAUUAUGACCGAAGCAAAUAAAAAAAUCGUAUAUGUCGGUGGUCUAGCGGAAGAAAUCGACGAGAAGAUUUUAAAAGCCGCCUUCAUACCCUUCGGAGACAUCAUUGACGUCCAAAUACCCUUAGAUUAUGAAUCGGAAAAACACAGAGGCUUCGCCUUUAUAGAGUUCGAGAGUUCAGAAGAUGCGGGUGCCGCUAUUGACAACAUGAAUGAUGCAGAAUUAUUUGGCAGGACCAUAAGGGUAAAUCUCGCCAAACCACAAAAAAUAAAAGAGGGUUCCACAAGACCAGUUUGGUCAGAAGAUACGUGGCUCCAGAAACAUGCAGGGGAAACUAUAAAGGAUAAAGUAGCCACUACGACUGAGAAGCCUAAUGAAGAGACUGAGGAAGUUCAAGAGCCAGCAGCAAAGAAAGUGAAAAAUCCACAAGUUUAUUUGGAUAUAAAAAUAGGGAGGACUGAAGUAGGUCGAAUAACUAUAAUGCUCCGACCUGAUGUUGUUCCAAUCACAGCAGAGAACUUUAGAUGUCUAUGUACUCAUGAAAAGGGUUAUGGUUAUCAGGGGAGUUCAUUCCAUAGAAUUAUCCCAGAUUUUAUGUGUCAAGGAGGAGAUUUUACCAAUCACAAUGGAACAGGAGGAAAAUCAAUAUAUGGCAGAAAGUUCAAUGAUGAAAAUUUCCAAUUAAAACACACAGGUCCAGGUACUCUUUCUAUGGCAAAUUCUGGACCUAACUCGAAUGGAUCUCAGUUUUUUAUAUGCACUGCUAAGACUGACUGGUUAGAUGGUAAACAUGUGGUUUUUGGACAUGUGAUUAGUGGUAUGGAUGUUGUUAAGAGAAUGGAAAGGUGUGGGAGUAAAACAGGAAAACCCAAAGAAAAAAUUAUUAUAUCAGCUUGUGGAGAAGUUUUGUAGGAUAUAAUUGGUUUUAUCUUUUUUAUUUUACUUUUUAAUAUAAGGUUUUAAUUUA